CUCAAUAAAAGUGGUACGGAUAGCUAGCUAUCACAAGCCGAUAUUGCCCGAUAACAUAUUUUUAUAGCUAGAUAAUCUCAAAGGCAUUUUUUUGCUUGGGCGCUCGUGUACAAAAUAUUCACUAUCGCACAGUUUAAAUAUUAGUGAAGAUAACGUUUUUAGAACGAACUGAAAUUUGAUUUUAUUCUUCUUAAAAAAUAAAACACCUUUUUUUUAUUGUUCAGGCUCCUGAUCGUAACCAUUUUUAUCAAACACAUCAUAUUCAUGAAACUUGUAUCGAUUUAGCAACAGUGGUUGACAAUGAUAAUAUGUAUCAGCCAACUAACUUAAAUAAUGAAGAACAUAACACAAUCGAAAACAUCGUCCCUAUAGUUACAGAAAGAGCAAAUGGUGUGAUUCAUGCACCGUUUGAAUCUUCUAAUAAAAGGAAAACAUGCGAAGAUGAUAAUUUAUCAGAUCUUAAUAGUUCAGUAAUUCAGAAUUGCACAUCAACAAGUCCAAUAUUAACAAUUAUAGAUUCAAGCACACGACAAACCUAUCAGAUGUGCAGUUGGUUGAUAGCUUGA